UCCAAAUUAAAUUUCAGAAAUUAACAAUUGAUACAUAUUGUAUAAGAUACUAAAUACAAAUAAGAUCUUACAGUAAACUUCAUGAACAUCCAAAGUAUCAACUUUUAAUUGGGAUGAAGAAAUUUAUCCAAUAAUGAAGUAUAUGUACAAAGAAACUCUAACUAAGAUGUCCUCAUCUGAACAACAUGGAUUCAUAUAAGAUAGAAAAAAUUGUACAUGAGACGUGGUAUACCUUUGUGACAUGGUUUAUGAUUAGAGAAUUCAAACAUUAUAAGUGAAUGUGCCAAAUAUUGAGAAUUUUCAAUAUAUAGACACACCGCAUACUCACUUAUCAAUACAAAAUAUAAUAAAUUUAGAAGGUCCAAAAUAGUUUGAACAUAUAAAUAAAUUAAAUUAAUGUCAACUAUAAAAUGAAAUUUUCCGGCGAACGGGCCGGGUGAAAAUUAACCUAAAUAGAACAAGAGCGAGGGAGUCGACGUUCUGUGGGGGCAGAGAUGGAAACCACCAAGGGCGGUGGGGCUGCGAAAUCGGACAUGAAGAAGGUCUCCCAGCAUGAAUUCGGCGGCGAAGAUGCGCCCCUCUCCAUCUCAAUUAUCGAGAACAUGAAAGAGGAGUACGGGCUGUUUGUCUGGCCGUGCAGCGUAAUACUGGCCGAGUAUGUUUGGCAACAGCAGCGGCGCUUCUCCGGCGCCAGAGUGUUGGAGCUUGGGGCUGGGACGUCACUGCCAGGAUUGGUGGCCGCUAAGCUGGGUUCCCAUGUCACUCUCACCGACGACGCCAACAGACCGGAGGUGCUGGACAACAUGGGGAGGGUGUGUGAGCUUAAUGGAGUUGAUUGCAAAGUGGUAGGACUUACAUGGGGAGUGUGGGACUCGUCUGUUUUCGAUUUGGAGCCCAAGUUCAUCCUAGGAGCUGAUGUUCUUUACGAAACCACUGCAUUCAAUGACCUCUUUGCGACUGUGGCAUAUCUGCUUCAGAAUUCUCCAGGCUCUGUGUUCAUAACAACUUAUCAUAACCGGAGUGGGCAUCAUCUAAUCGAGUUGUUGAUGGCAAAAUGGAGGUUGAAGUGCUCAAAGCUUCUGGACGGGUUCUCAUUCAUGCCACCCCACAAGGCAUCUGCUUUAAGUGGCAAUAUUCAGCUGGCUGAGAUAGUGGCAUUAGACUGAUAUGUGAACAGCAGCAUCCAAUACAAGGCUAACGAUCGAGUCUCAAUUGCACAGACAAGAAGAAUCAAGAAAACACUUGUAGAAUUCUCAUUUCUCGGUUCGCCCCGCUGAAAUCUUCUUUGGCCUGGGUCGAGUUGUUCAGUUCACGUAGUUUCAUUUCUCAACUAGCUUGUUGUCCGACCCGUUGGUCGGAAUGUCAUUUGAACCCAAUAUAUUUAUGAUGUGUAUUUAAAUUUUUUAAACUAAUUGAAAUGCGGAAUUUCGUAGGUGACAUUAAAAUUAUUUUUCUAUUUCCGAAAUUCUUAUAACUUUUCAUCAAUGCUGAACAUUGUAAUCUUAAUGGUUAUAACCAAAGUUGUCAAACCGGUUAAAGUCGUUGAUUCGGUCAAGCAAGUGGUUUGAAGUUCAAUGGUUUGAUUGAUAUCCAACCCGUUUGAGUUGUUUUACACCUUUUCUAAAUAUAUUUACAAAUUAUAUAGAAAUUUAGUGAUUGAAAUAGAAAGGGUUAAUACCUUAGUUUGGCCCGAACUAUAGACAAACUUUCUACUUUGGUCCGUGGUAUCGGAAAUUGCUAUUCUAGCCUAAACUAUGUAGCAUACUUACUUAUUUGGCCCGAAGGUGGGUUUGACCGUCAAAUUAGGCGGUCAACCGAGUUUACCGUUAGUCAAAGUCCACCUCACUUGCCAAGUCAGCUAGCAGGAAAUAAAAAAAAAAUUUGAAAUUUUGAAUUUUGUUUAAUUUCUAAAAUUACUUAAAAAUAAUUUGGAGAGCUCUAUUAAUUAUUUUUUUUAGUUUAUAAUUUUGAUUGUUAGAAAAUUCAAAAAAUUCAAAAUUAAUAAAUUAUUUUCUUAUUCCCUGAUAGCUGACGUCGCAAGUGAGGUGGACCUUGAGUAAUGGUCAACUCGGUUGACCGUCUAAUUUAACGAUCAAACCCGCCUCCGGGCCAAAUAAGAAAGUAUGCUACAUAGUUUAGGCCAGGAUAACAAUUUCCGAUACCACGGGCCAAUGUAGAAAGUUUGUCUAUAGUUCGGGCCAAAUUAAGGUAUUAACCCAAAUAGAAAGUACUAACUUAUAUCUAUUAAAAACUCAAAUAGUCAAAUUUCAUAGGAAAAACAUAUCUAUCUCAAUAUCCAUCCACCAGUCGCCUGGUAGAGGUGUCACAACCUUGGUUAUAACACUUGUGAAUAACUAUUCAUAACUUGUUACUUGUCUAUUUAAUGAUGUAGUUACUUAGUUGCCUAUGGUUGAAAAGAAAAUUGACAUAACAAAAAAAGAGUUUGUCUGAAAAAGCGUAGCAUAAAUAGGAAACCUAUGAUUAUAACCUUUAGUCAAUAUUUAUUUCUUUUGCUUGACAAACAAUACAUAUAUAGCAAUAUCUAAACCUUAAAGUAUUCUGCACAAUACAAUAACAAAAUUAGUAAGAAAAUAACAUUUUCCAUCCAUACUCUGUGCAAUGAAAAAAUUAAUUAUCAACCAAGAUACUCUAAAUUUAGUUGAAGGAUAAUCUUAUUCACUCAACAAAAAAAAUAAAACAUAACUUGUGGUACCUACCUUGCUAAUGCACAUGACCCCAUCAACGCGUCCAUGAAAACUCCAACCCGACUUCAUGAUUCGUCUUGUACUGCGUUAUUUCAUACUAAACUAAGUAACUAUAAAUGAUACAUCUAGUUAAUUACCCUAUUGAAAUUAUCUAUAAGAAUUGGUAUUCAUAAAUUGUGUUCUUUUAAACUCACCCAUUUUUUCAAUCAUGCCAUAUUAUCAAGAAAUUUAGGAUUUAACG